UCAUGGGUAACUUACACAAACACUAUGUUCUUCAAUCACUGCCAUUUCUUCAAAAUUCAUUUUCGAUGUUAUUUUCUAAAGGCAAACUAUGAAACUUGCAAAUAUAGCACUCUAGCAAACACAACAACAGUUCAACGUGUCUGUGUUAUUUACAAACAUUACAAGGUCGCUCAAUAUCGUCAUCAGUCGAUAAUUUUUUAGGUUGUUGUUUCUUCUGCCAUCUAUGUGACAAUAGUUUAAUCAAAAGAAUGUCUCUACUGCCAUUACCGGUAAAUUUAAUUUGAAAGUAAAAUAAAAAUGAUUUUUGUCGAUUUAAGCACAAAAAUUUUUAAUGAAAUAUUCACUUAGUCAAGGAGUUAAUAAGUUUAAACUCAAAAAUAUAAUAAAAAUUAAUUAAAUAUAGUAAAAUUUGUUCUAUAAAUUACCUGCGAUCUUAGAAUAGUCACUGUCAAAUAUUCGGGGGAAGGGAUCAAACUUAGGUUAUGUUUAUCAUGUUUUUUCGUCUUCGUAAACAAAAAACAAAUCAAUUUUAUAAUUAACUUCGUUUUUUAUUAAAAUGGCGAAAACAUACCCCACUGAUUGGGAUAUUGAAGACUAUAAAGAUGAUAAUGAGCCUGAACAUCACUGGGAGUUGAGAAAAGAGUUUAUGAAGCAGCACAAAGGAACAUUUUCAGAAGAUUACUUGGUUGCUCUAGCCAGAACUUUUACGAAUAUAGAAUUUAUGGGAUGCAGUUAUCCACCAGCUUUGAUGAUAAAAAUAGCAGAACUCUCAAAAGAUGUAGCUAAAAAGUAUAGAGAAAUUAAAAAGACGAAAUUGCAGAGAACAUUUGUUUCAGCUUCUGAUGCUGCUGAAAACAAAAUAAAACGGCGUAGAACUGAUCCACUUCCGCAACAACAAACAAGAAGAUAGAAUAAAGAUGAGAUUGACAUCAAAGCAAUUUUUGUUAAGGCGCCAAUAUAUGCAUUAAAAAAAAUAUAAUUUAAUAAAAAAGAUUGUGAAAAUUCUUAUAUUAAAGACAAAAAUACUAACGAACA